AUGGCAGCGAAUCCAACCCUAAGCCAGCGAAUAAAAUCAGGAAAGAUAGAGACUCAGACACCAGUUGUCCAGUCCCCCCAGCCACCACCAGCCACCGCACGUCUGCACCAGUCUAGGGAGAGAGAGGCACCACCGAAGGUCGGCGCUCGAGCCCUAGUGGCUGAUUUGGAGGAGCCGACUCCCGAUUCGGUUUCUCCUCCCUGA